AAGAUGCUGAGAAGUUUUUGUCAGGUUUUUCUUGUUUAUUAUUAUACAAUAUACAUGUGGUAGUCAAAUGCCUGGUGAUUUUGGUUUUGAUUUUCACUUAAUCUGGACAAGUUUUUCAUUGAGUUCUUCUUUAUAAAAUCUAGCCAAUACUUUAAACUGUAGGAAAAAUGGGUUUGGAUUUAAGGGUGACUUUCGAGUCCCAAACUCUCGAAGGACUACAGAGGCUUUAUUUGCCGAUGUCCUGUGAGGAUGAGCUGUUUGGAAAAUAUGCCAGCGUGAAAUUAUCGGAUGGUUCCGUGUAUUUCUCAAGAAUAUUCCCAGCUUAUUUUUUAAAUGACAACUCUUGCAUAAUGGACAAGACGGUCCUUGUAAAAGGUGUUACGACUGACAAUCAGCCAAAAGUCUCCCAGCUCACUCUCAUCCCUGGGGUUAGGUAUAUAAAAUCGUUGAAAAUCUCUGUUGUUUUAAAGGUCGGCAUGAGAAAACGUUCAUCAAGUAGGUCUUUUAAAGACCAAUUGAAAAGGGCCCUUGCCUGCUUAGCCCUUGUUUCGGACAGCAUCGUGUCUUUGGAUGGCUUGGAACCAUUCUCAGUACUCGGUGUGAGCCACGUCCUCGUCCACAACAUAGGAAAGGUGGAUGCUGGAAAAGUUGUUCAUUCAACGAAUUUAGUUAUUGAAAAAUUUAUCAGCUCAGAGCGUUACACGCAGUUAUUACCAGAAAACAACUUGUAUUUUAAAGUUUUCGGUUCACCUUAUAACAAACUAAAAGAUUAUUUAACCUGCAGGCAGAACAUUUCAAAAACUUCCUUUGCCCAAAAAUACAACCUACCUCAGGUAAUAAUAAUUGGCCCUGCAGGCUCUGGGAAGAAAUAUAUUGUCAAGAAAGUAGCUUAUGAUUGUAAAGCGGUUUUAAUAACAAUUAAUUGUUCUGAGCUUGUCCAGCCAUCAGUUGGCGAAAGUGAAUCUUUAUUGAGUGAUUACUUCAACAAAGCCAUAUAUCAUUCGGAUGAAGGUCUUGUAAUUAUUUUAAUAUUACAUCCUGAAUCUAUAUGUAGGAAGCCUGGGAGACUUCUUUCACAUUUUAUCGCCUUGAUAGAUUCUAUUUCCUUAAUAUCUAACAUAACGGCAGUUUUAUCUAUCUCUAGUACUUCUAAUUUACACGAAUGUGUUAAAACAUCAUCAAGGUUUCACUUCAAGAUAUUUGUAGAGAUUCCUAAUGAAGAGGAGAGAAAUGAAAUGUUAAUCGCUCUUUGUGAAGAUGAAGGUUUGAACAGUAGUUGUUGUUCUGAAAUAGCGGCGAUGACUGCGGGAUACACAAUAUCAGACUUGGCUCUCCUUGUUCAUAAUGCUAGGCGAGACAUGGAAACUGAACGUUAUAUACAUCUAGAUGGUGUUUUAUUUAAGCAUUUUUUUCAAUAUGUAUUUAUCAACAACAUUCGUCAAAUUGAACCAAGCAUGCAACACGGUGCGAUUGGAGUAUUUAGAAAAAAUAACAUUGAAGAACAUCAUCUUGGUGGACUGAAUAAUGUGAAAAAGUCUCUAUUUAAAAUUAUAAAAUGGCCUAUUCUACAUAGUUCAGCAUUUAAAAGGUUUAACUUAAAAACAGCAUCAGGUUGUUUACUGUAUGGUCCUCCUGGAUGUGCAAAAACCAGCAUUGUCAGGGCUGUCGCGAUGGAAAGCAAUAUGGUAGUUUUCUCUGUCUCUGCUGCCGAUUUAUACUCGCCUUAUGUCGGCGAUGCCGAACGAACAAUAACUGAUUUGUUUCAAAGAGCGAGAGCAUCGUCUCCUUCGAUUUUAUUCAUCGAUGAAAUCGAUGCUCUGGUCGGAUGUAGAGGAGGAAGGCAAAACAAUGCUCACGAGCGGAUUCUUUCAAUGUUUUUGAUAGAAAUGGACGGCAUAGGAAGAUCGAAUAAACUCUCUAGCGCCUUGACAAGCAAGGUAAUUGUGAUUGCCGCUACAAACAGGCCUCAAGUGUUAGACUCAGCUCUUUUACGACCAGGAAGAUUCGAUAAAUUAAUUUAUGUACCUCCACCUAAUUUUGAGGACCGUAAGGACAUACUAAAUGUUUUGACAAGCAAAAUGCCAUUAGAAGAGUCUGUCAAUCUUGAUUUAAUAUCAAGAAAAACUGAAUUAUUUUCUGGCGCAGAUAUUGCUAAUCUUUGUCGAGAGGUGGCUUUUAGGGCAAUGACCGAAGAUGGAGAGGACUGUAAGCUCAUCAAAUAUGAACAUUGGUUGAAAGUUCUCAGUGAAGUCAAGCCUUCGUUAAGCAAAGAACAGAUUGACUGGUACGACAAGUUUUGUUUUACCCAGACCGACUAUACUACCAGUUGAUAUCAAUGAGGCUGUGACCCAAUUUUGAUUGGUGCACCUCAAAAGUAUCAAGAAUGUACAUAUAUUAUAUUAAUUGAAUAAAAUAUUUUUAUUCGUUUUAAA